AUGGAAGAUGCAAAUGAGGGCCAGUUCUGUGACUAUUGCAAUUCUGAGGAUUCCAGGCGGGCACAUCCAGCCGCAUAUGCGAUUGAUGGAUCCGAACGGUGGUGGCAAAGCCCUCCUCUCUCCUCUGGCACACAGUACAACAAAGUCAGCCUCACCUUGGAUCUGGGUCAACUCUUCCAUGUGGCCUAUAUUUUAAUCAAAUUUGCAAAUUCUCCACGCCCUGAUCUUUGGGUCCUGGAAAGAUCUGUUGACUUUGGAAGCACCUAUUCACCAUGGCAAUAUUUUGCUCAUUCUCAAGUAGACUGUUUAGAACAAUUUGGGCAAAAGGCAAAUGUGGCUGUCACCAGGGAUGAUGAUGUGCUCUGCGUAACUGAGUAUUCCCGUAUUGUUCCCUUGGAAAAUGGUGAGGUUGUGGUGUCCUUGAUUAAUGGCCGUCCAGGUGCCAGAAAUUUUACUUUCUCUGACACCCUGAAGGAGUUUACCAAGGCAACAAACAUCCGUUUACGCUUUCUUCGAACCAACACCCUCCUUGGGCAUCUUAUCUCCAAAGCACAGCGAGAUCCAACAGUCACACGGCGGUAUUACUAUAGCAUAAAGGAUAUCAGCAUUGGUGGGCGGUGUGUUUGUAAUGGCCAUGCUGAACUGUGCAAUGCAAACAAUCCAGAAAAACAGUUCCGAUGUGAAUGCCAGCACCACACCUGUGGGGAGACAUGUAAUCGCUGCUGUGUGGGAUACAAUCAGAGGCGCUGGCAGCCUGCAGUGUGGGAGCAGAGCAAUGAGUGUGAAGCCUGUAACUGCCAUGGUCACGCCACCGACUGUUACUAUGAUCCGAAUGUUGAGCAGCAGCAUGCGAGCUUGAACAGCCAGGGCAUCUAUGCAGGUGGAGGCGUCUGCAUCAGCUGCCAGCACAACACAGCUGGUGUGAACUGUGAAAAGUGUGCCAACGGUUAUUAUCGCCCUUAUGGGGUUCCAGUUGAUGCCCCCCAUGGCUGCAUCCCUUGCAGCUGUGAUCCUGAGCAUGCGGAUGGCUGUGAACAGGGCUCUGGCCGUUGUCACUGUAAGCCCAAUUUCCACGGAGACAAUUGUGAGAAGUGUGCGGAUGGAUACUAUAACUUCCCAUUUUGCUUGAGAAUUCCUAUUUUUCCUACCUACAACCCAAGUCCAGAAGAUCCAGUAGCUGGUGAUAUACAAGGCUGUGACUGUAACUUGGAAGGUGUGCUUCCCGAAAUUUGUGAUGACCAUGGAAGGUGCCUGUGCCGCUCUGGGGUUGAGGGCCCCCGCUGUGACCACUGCCGCCCUGGCUUCUACUCAUUCCCCAUUUGCCAAGCCUGCCAGUGCUCAGCCCAUGGAUCCCACCUGGUGCCAUGCAACCCAGUGACGGGACAGUGUGAAUGCCUGUCGGGGAUAACAGGACAGCGAUGCGACAGGUGUCUCUCAGGAGUCCAUGACUUCCCCCACUGCCAAGGUUCCAGCAGUGUGUGUGACCUAGCAGGGACCAUGGACUCCAGCUUGGGUUAUUGCCAAUGCAAACUUAAUGCUGAAAGUCCCACGUGCAGUACCUGCAAACCUUUAUAUUGGAAUCUGGCCAAAGAGAAUCCCAGGGGUUGCUCAGAAUGCCAGUGCCACGAGGCAGGAACCCUGAGUGGAAUUGGAGAGUGUGGGCAGAGAGAUGGUGACUGUCACUGCAAGGCCCAUGUUACGGGAGAUGCGUGUGACACCUGCGAAGAUGGGUAUUUUGCUUUGGAGAAGAGCAAUUACUUUGGGUGUCAAGGGUGUCAGUGUGACAUUGGUGGAGCACUCAACACCAUGUGCAGUGGGCCCUCUGGAGUAUGCCAAUGUCGAGAGCAUGUGGUGGGAAAGGCGUGCCAGUGGCCUGAGAAUAGCUAUUAUUUCCCGGAUUUGCACCAUAUGAAGUUUGAAAUUGAAGAUGGCACUACACCUGAUGGGAGACACCUUCGGUUUGGAUUUGAUCCGCUGGCAUUUCCUGGCUUUAGUUGGAGAGGCUAUGCCCAGAUGACUUCAGUACACAAUGAAGUAAGGUUAAUCUUGAAUGUGGGGAAGUCAAACCUCUCCUUAUUUCGCAUUAUUCUGAGAUAUAUUAAUCCUGGAGCUGAAACAGUAUCUGGCCACAUAACUAUUUAUCCAUCUUGGGCAAAGACAGGUGCUACUCAAAGCAAAGAGAUCACUUUCCUGCCCAGCAAGGAGCCAGCCUUUGUCACAGUCCCAGGAAAUGGCUUUGUGGAUCCUUUCUCAAUCACUCCUGGGACGUGGAUUGCUUGUAUCAGGGCUGAGGAAGUGCUCCUGGAUUACCUGGUGCUGCUCCCCAGGGACUAUUACGAAGCCCCCCUGCUGCAGCUGCCAGUCACAGCGCCAUGUGCCCCAGCAGGAUCUCCCCAGGCCAACUGCUUGCUUUACCAGCAUUUGCCAGUGACCAGGUUCUCCUGUACCCUGGCUUGUGAGGCCAGACACUCCCUGCUUGAAGGGGAGCCAAGACCCUUGGCUAUGAGGAAGCCCACCCCUGCACACCCUGUCAUGGUGGACCUCAGCGGGACGCAGGUGGAAUUGCAUCUGCCGCUGCAUGUCCCACAAGUGGGCCACUACAUGAUUGUGCUGGAAUAUGCCACUGAAGUAGACCAGUUGUCUGUGGUGGAUGUCAGUGUGAAGAGCCCUGGGUCUGUUCUGGGAGGCCAGGUGAACAUAUACAGCUGCAAGUACAGCAUUCUCUGCCGGAGCCUGGUGGUUGAUAGCAUGAGUCGCGUGGCUGUGCAUGAACUAUUAGCAGAUGCAGACAUUCAGCUCAAGGCACACAAGGCCCAGUUCCUUCUGCAUCAGAUUUGUAUCAUACCCAUUGAAGAAUUCUCAACAGAAUUUGUGAGACCUCAAGUCCAUUGUAUUGCCAGCUAUGGGCCAUUUGCUAAUCAAAGUGCUACCUGUGUCUCCUUGCCCCAUGAAACUCCUCCAACAGCCUUAAUUUUAGAUGUCCCUAGUCGGGGGCCUUCCUCUCUCUUGCCCCAGGAGUCUUCCCCUUCUGAGGGUGUCAUUCCUGGCGUCACUUUGGAAGACUCACAGAGCCAAGUGACCCUGAGAGGACUUGUACCACACCUAGGCCGGUAUGUCUGUGUCAUCCACUUUUAUCAAACAGUGCACCCAACGUUUCCCGCCCAGGUGUUUGUAGAUGGAGGACAGCCUUGGUCAGGUUCCUUCCUUGCCUCUUUCUGCCCCCAUGUGCUUGGAUGCCGGGAUCAAGUGAUUACUAAAGGCCAGGUUGAAUUUGACAUCUCAGAGCCUGAGGUGGCUGUGACUGUGAAGGUUCCAGAAGGGAAGUCCUUAAUAUUGGUCCGAGUUCUAGUGGUGCCUGCAGAGAAUUAUGACUACCAGAUACUUCACAAAAAAUCGGUGGACAAGUCCUUCGAGUUUAUUAACAGUUGUGGAGGGAACAGUUUUCAUAUCGACCCCCAGACAGCCUCGGGAUUCUGUAAGAAUUCUGCCAAGUCCCUGGUGGCCUUCUACCAUAAUGGCGCCCUGCCUUGUGAGUGCCACCCAGCCGGGGCCACUGGCCGUCACUGCAGCCCCGAAGACGGGCAGUGCCAAUGCAAGCCCAACGUCAUUGGGCGGCAGUGUACCCGCUGUGCUGUGGGUCACUAUGGAUUCCCUCAAUGCAAGCCAUGCAACUGUGGCAGGCGCCUUUGUGAAGAGAUGACAGGGCAGUGUCUCUGCCCUCCCCACACGGUCAGGCCCCAGUGCGAGACCUGUGAGACGGAUUCCUUCAGCUUCCAUCCCCUGACUGGCUGUGAAAGCUGCAACUGUUCCAGAAAGGGCACCGUGGGCGCUGCCAUCCAUGAGUGUGACAGGGAUAGCGGGCAGUGCAGAUGCAAGCCUAGAAUUGCAGGGCGGCAGUGUGACCAGUGUGCUUCUGGGUUCUACCAUUUCCCUGAAUGUCUUUCCUGUAAUUGCAACAGACAUGGGACUGAGCCUGGAGUGUGUGACCCAGUGACCGGGGCUUGUCUCUGUAAGGAAAAUGUGGAAGGCACAGAAUGUAACAUGUGUAGAGAAGGAUCAUUUCAUUUGGACCCAGAGAAUCCCAAAGGUUGCACCAGCUGCUUCUGUUUUGGGGUGAAAAGUCAUUGUCACAGUACGCAUAAACGCAGAACUAAGUUCAUGGACAUGAUGGGUUGGCACCUGGAGGUGGCAGAUGGAGUCCAUGUCCCUGUCUCCUUCAACCCAGGCAGCAACAGUGUGGUCGCAGAUCUGCAGGAGCUGCCACCCACCUUCCACAGUGCAUCCUGGGUGGCUCCUCCAUCUUACCUGGGGGACAAGGUUUCCUCCUAUGGUGGUUACCUCACCUACCAAGUCAAGUCCUUUGGCUUACCAGCUGACAUGGUUCUUCUGGGACAGCAGCCAGAUGUGCGGCUCACUAGCGGGUUCAUGUCCCUUGUCCAUAAGGGGCCCAGUGAGCCACGGCCAGACCGCCUGCACCAUGGGCGAGUACAGGUUGUUGAGGGAAACUUCAGACAUGCUGGCAGCCUCACCCCGGUAUCCAGGGCAGAACUGAUGGGAGUGCUGUCCAGACUGGAGGGGCUGCGCAUCCGUGGUCUUUACUUCACCGAGACCCAGCGGCUCACCCUGGGCAAGGUGGGGCUGGAGGAGGCCUCCGACACAGGAAGUGGACGCAGAGCACAUCUUGUGGAGAUGUGUGCCUGCCCCCCUGACUAUACGGGUGAUUCAUGUCAGGGAUGCAGCCCUGGAUACUAUCGGGAAAACAACGGCUUGUACGCUGGACGGUGUGUUCCCUGCAAUUGCAAUGGACAUUCAAAUCGCUGCCAGGAUGGCUCUGGAAUAUGCAUUAACUGCCAGCACAACACUGCGGGAGAACACUGUGAGCACUGCAAGGAAGGUCACUAUGGGAAUGCUGUUCACGGACCCUGCAGGGUCUGUCCAUGUCCUCACACCAACAGUUGGGCUAGGUCAGGCUGCAACUCGAGGGCCAUCCAACCAGCCUGGAAAGAAGGGCUUACUGGCUCUUAUUGUGAGAUAUGUGCACCUGGAUAUUUUGGGAAUCCCCAGAAAUUUGGAGGUAGCUGUCAACCAUGCAAUUGUAACAGCAAUGGCCAGUUGGGGAUUUGUGACCCCCUAACCGGAGACUGCAUAAAUCAAGAGCCCAAAGAUAGCAGCCCGGCAGAAGAAUGUGAUGAUUGUGACAGCUGUGUGAUGACGCUCUUAAAUGACUUGGCCACCAUGAGUGAGGAGCUCCGCUUGGUCAAGUCACAGCUGCAGGGCUUGAGUGCCAGUGCUGGUGCUCUGGAGCAAAUUCGGCACAUAGAAACCCAGGCCAAGGACCUGAGGAACCAGGUACUCAGCUACCGUUCUGCCAUUUCAAACCAUGGAUCAAAAAUGGAUGGCCUGCAAAAGGAACUGGGCAAUUUGAAUCAUGAAUUUGAAGCAUUGCAAGAAAAGGCUCAAAUAAAUUCCAGAAAAGCACAAUCAUUGUACAAUAAUGUUGAUCGGACAAUUCAAAAUGCAAAAGAGCUGGAUAUGAAGAUUAAAAAUGUCAUCCGGAAUGUGCACAUUCUCUUGAGACAGAUCUCUGGAACGGAUCGAGAAGGAAACCGGCUGCCGUUAGGUGACUUCUCCAGAGAGCUGGCGGAGUCGGAGCGCAUGCUGAGGGAAAUGCGGAACCGAAACUUUGGGAAGCACCUCAGAGAAGCGGAAGCCGAAAGAAGGGAAGCUCAGCUCUUGCUGAACCGAAUAAGGAGCUGGCUGGGCAGCCACCAGAUGGAGAGCAACGGACUUGUUAAGAAUAUACGCAAUGCUUUAAGUGAUUAUGAAGCCAAACUCCAUGACCUGCGUGCUAUGCUCCAGGAGGCAGCUGCCCAGACAAAGCAAGCCACUGGCCUCAACCACGAAAAUGAGCAGGCUCUGGGAGCCAUUAAGAGACAAAUGAAAGAAAUUAAUUCCCUGCAGAGCGAGUUCACCAAGUACCUGGCCACUGCAGACUCUUCUUUGCUACAGACCAACAAUAUGCUGAAACUGAUGGAUAAAAGCCAGAAGGAAUAUGAAAAACUCGCUGCUAGUGUAAAUGGAGCAAGACAAGAGCUCAGUGACAAAGUGCGAGAACUCUCCAGAUCUUCCAUCAAAGCUCCUCUGGUUGGAGAGGCAGAAAAGCACGCACAGUCUUUGCAGGAGCUGGCGAAGCAGCUGGAGGAAAUAAAGAGAAAUGCCAGUGGAGAUGAGCUGGUACGCCGUGCUGUGGAUGCCGCCACUGCCUAUGAGAACAUCCUCAAUGCCAUCAAAGCCGCAGAGGAUGCAGCCAACAAGGCCACCAGUGCAUCUGAGUCUGCCCUCAAGACAGUGAUAAAGGAAAAUCUUCCAAAAAAAGCCAAGACCCUGAGUUCUGCCAGCGAUGAACUAUUAAAUGAAGCUAAGAUAACCCAGAAGACGCUGCAGCAAGAAAUCAAUCCUGCUCUCAACAGCCUACAGCAAACACUGAAUAUUGUGUCAAUUCAGAAGGAACUGAUAGACACCAACCUCACUACUCUCCGAAAUGAUCUUCGUGGGAUACAGAGAGGUGACAUCGAUAGUAUGAUCAGCGAGGCAAAGAGCAAGGUCAAAAAGGCCAACGACAUCACCAGUGAGGUGCUGGAUGGGCUCAACCCCAUUCAGACAGACGUGAGAAGAAUUAAGGACACUUAUGGGAGCACCCAGAGCGAAGACUUUAGCAAGGCUCUGACAGAUGCCAAUAACUCAGUGAAAAGAUUAACCAAGAACCUGCCUGAUCUUCUGAGUAAAAUUGAAAGUAUCAAUCAACAGCUGUUGCCUCUGGGGAACAUCUCUGACAACGUGGACCGAAUCCGAGAACUAAUUCAGCAGGCCCGGGAUGCUGCCAAUAAGGUUGCGGUCCCCAUGAGGUUCAAUGGUAAAUCUGGAGUUGAAGUCCGACUACCAAGUGACCUGGAAGAUUUGAAAGGCUACACAUCUCUAUCUUUGUUUCUCCAAAGACCUGACUCAAGAGAAAACGAGGGGACAGAAGAUAUGUUUGUGAUGUACCUUGGAAAUAAAGACGUCUCUAAGGACUACAUUGGCAUGGCAGUUGUCAACGGCCGGCUCACCUGUGUGUACAACCUGGGAGACAAAGAAGCAGAACUCCAGGUGGACCAGAUCUUGACUGAGAGUGAGACUCAAGAGGCAGUUAUGGACCGAGUGAAAUUUCAGAGAAUUUAUCAGUUUGCAAGACUCAAUUAUACCAAAGAAGCCACAUCCAGUAAACCCAAAGCACCUCAAUUCCAUGACAUGGAGAGUGGAAAUCUUAACACACUGCUUAAUUUAGAUCCUGAAAAUGUUGUGUUUUAUGUUGGAGGCCACCCACCUGACUUUAAACUUCCCAGUAGACUAAGAUUCCCCCCAUACAAAGGUUGUAUUGAAUUGGAUGACCUCAAUGAAAAUGUUCUGAGUUUGUACAACUUCAAAACAACAUUCAAUCUCAACACAACUGAAGUGGAGCCUUGUAGAAGGAGAAAGGAAGAAUCGGACAAAAAUUAUUUUGAAGGUACAGGCUAUGCUCGAAUUCCAACUCAACCAAACGCUCCCUUCCCAACCUUUUCACAAACAAUCCAGACCACUGUGGAUAGAGGUUUGCUGUUCUUCGCAGAAAACCAGGAUCACUUCAUAUCCCUGAAUGUAGAAGAUGGCAAUCUCUUGGUGAGAUACAAACUGAAUUCGGGGCAGCCCAAAGAGAAAGGAAUUAGAGAUACCAUCAACAAUGGGAGAGAUCAUACGGUUCUGAUCAAAAUUGGAAAAGCCCAAAAACUUAUGAGGAUAAAUGUGAAUAGCCAAAACAUUAUCAUUGAAGGGGAAAUAUUUGAUUUCAGCACAUACUAUCUAGGAGGAAUCCCAAUUGCCAUCAGGGAAAGGUUUAACAUUUCAACACCUGCUUUCCGAGGCUGCAUGAAAAAUCUGAAGAAGACCAGUGGUGUGGUCAGGUUGAACGAUACUGUGGGAGUCACCAAAAAGUGUUCUGAAGACUGGAAGCUGGUGCGGUCUGCUUCCUUCUCCAGAGGAGGCCAGCUAAGCUUCACUAAUUUGGACUCACCCUUGCCUGACCAUUUCCAGGCUUCCUUUGGGUUUCAGACCUUUCAACCCAACGGUGUGUUAAUACAUCAUCAGACGCGGACAAGCAGUUUGCAGGUCACUCUGGAAGAUGGUCACAUCGAAUUGAGCACCCGGGAAGACAGUAACCCGAUUUUCAAGUCUCCACAGACGUACAUAGAUGGCGUGCUGCAUUAUGUAUCUGUAAUAAGCGACAACUCAGGCCUCCGGCUUCUCAUUGAUGACCAGCUUCUGAGAAGGAACAAAGGGCUACCAAAAUUUCCGAAUGCCCCACAGUCUCUCCGCCUGGGUGGGAGUUAUUUUGAGGGCUGUAUCAGCAAUGUUUUUGUCCAUAGGUUAUUACAGAGUCCUGAAGUCCUCGACUUCGCCAGUAAAUCUACCAAGAGAGAAGCAUCCCUGGGAGGCUGCAGUUUAAACAAGCCACCUUUCCUGAUGUUAUUUAGAGAUUCUGCAAGGUACAACAAAGCUAAGACUUUCAACAUCAACCAGCUGAUACAGGAUGCACCAAUGACCUUGCCCAGGAGUAUGGAAGUGAGGCAAGAUGUGAAGAUGUGCUCACCCCCUCCCACGGCCCAGGCCAGUCCGGGAGCCCUCCAGUUUGGAGACAGUCCCACCAGCCAUGUGCUAUUCAAGCUUCCCCAGGAAUUAUGGAAUGCCAGGUCAAAGUUUGCUGUGGACGUGCUGACAACGUCUUCCAGAGGGCUGCUGUUUCACUCGGGCACCAAGAACUCCUUCAUGGCUCUUUAUCUCUCUAAAGGACACCUUGUCUUUGCUUUGGGGGCAGAAGGAAAGAAACUGAGGCUCAAGAGCAGAGCAAAAUACAACAAUGGGAAAUGGCACACGGUGGUGUUCGGGCAAGAUGGAGGGAAGGGACACCUGGCUGUGGAUGGGCUGACAGCCCAGCAGGGCAGCUUGCCUGGGAAUUCUACAGUCAACACCAUAGCCCAGGUUUACUUGGGAUCACCUCUAUCAGGGAAGCCAAAGAGUCUCCCCCAACGCAGUUUUGUGGGAUGCCUGAAGAACUUCCAGUUGGAUUUCAAACCCUUGGAUUCCCCUUCUUCAAGCUUUGGGGUGUUUCCCUGCAUGGAUGGCUCUUUGGAGAAAGGCAUCUACUUCUCCCAAGGAGGAGGCCACAUUGUCUUGGCUAACCCUGUGUUGUUGGGGCCAGAAUUUAAGCUUGCUUUCAGCAUUCGCCCAAGAAGUCUCACUGGAAUCCUAAUACACCUCGGAAGCCAGCUGGGACCGCAUCUGAGUGUAUAUAUGGAGGCAGGAAAGGUCACAGCCUCUGCAAACAUUGGGGCAGGUGGGGCCUUGACAUCAGUUGCACCAAAGCAGUCUCUGUGUGACGGACAGUGGCACUCAGUGGCAGUCACAAUUAAACACCAUAUCCUGCACUUGGAACUGGACUCAGAUAACAGCUAUACAGCUGGGCAGUUCACCUUCACACCUAACAGCACCCAUGGGCCACUGUACAUUGGAGGUGUCCCAGCAGACUUGAAGACAUUGAUGAUCCCUGUGUGGAGAUCAUUUUUUGGCUGUCUGAAGAAUAUCCAAGUCAACCACAUCCCUGUCUUUGUCACGAAAGCCACAGAGGUGCAGGGGUCUGUCCAUCUGAAUGGUUGCCCUGAUCACUAAACUAGGACUAUAACACACAGGGAAAUUCACCUUCAAGAGUACCACCCACAUUCUGUGCCUCUCUCCAACUCAAGGUCAUCUUUGCCUCUGGACACCAUCGGCACAAAUCUCCUUUCCGGUUCCAACCACAUACAGCCAUCGUUUGGGCUUUCAGUGCUACAUAUCAUUUUAUGAAAAAAAAAUCCCAUGUCUUGAGAAGAUGAACAAACUGUUAUUCAAACAUGUUAUUCAAACACAAUGUCUUUGGUAAUAUU